AGACACAGGAACACAAGCCAGAUCCCUGAUCUCUCCAAGAAAUCACAGGAUAUAAACUGCUGCCCAAAAGCAAGCCCCGGAGAACUUCAAAAACCUCCAGGAAAGCUCUGAGGUUAGGGAGACCAGCGCAGCCAAAGAAGACAUGAGGAGUCUGCUGGCACUGCUGAUCGUGACUCUGGCCCUGGCAGCACUCUGCUGCUGUGAGAAAGAUCCCAAAGAACCCUCAGGAUCUCUCAGUGCUGACAGCAUCAAGAUUAAAAAAGAAGUUGCCAAUGCCUUUGUGAAGAGGAGGAAGAGAUCCAGCCCUUAUGAAUGGUACUUUGAGCUCUACAAAAGCCCUCUGGAGCAGCAGCACGAGCGCUGUGAGAACUACCCCCCCUGUGACUACCUGGCUGACCAAGUAGGGUUUGCCUUGGCCUACAGCCGCUUCUUUGGGAGGUACUGAGGAUGGGAACACUCCAAACCCCACAGCAGAGAAGGCUGGGGUUGGGAAGGAGGGAAGGAAAACAUCUCGACUGGCAUCUCCUUCUGCUGUCUCCCUGACCAGCUGGAACACCAAGGCAGGGAUUAUCCCACUUGUUGGGCUUCCAUUAACUUUCUUCCUUUCAUCAAUCAAAUCUCUCUUCAGACAUCUUUUGUGGUAUUUGGAGCUUCACCAGAAUCUUCCUUCCUUCCACCUGAAUCCCCAGCACAUAAUAGGUGAAAAAUGGUGAUUAGUUUCAACAAAACCACUGCAUGCCUUAGAAACAUCACUAGAUCUCUUAUCCUCUUCUGCAAAACACAGGAGGAUUAUGGAAGAGGAAUGUCACAAUGUGUGUAAAUGUGGUGGAUCAAACCCUGGGAUGCUCAGUGUGAAGAAGGAAGAACACCUGUCUCCUGUUCCAAUCAGCAGGAAAGUUCAGUAUUGUCAGUAGUACAAUCACAUUAAAUAUGUAUCACAGUAGGAUCAUUCUGUAAAGAUAGAGUGUGCAAAUACUCUUGCAUAGAUAGAAAGCUUCUGGUACACUCUCCUGAUUGCUCUGUCAUAAAGUUUGCCUGUAUAGCAACAAUAAAUAAAUCCCAAGAAGUGUGUUUAAGAAGUACUUUUAGAUGAACCCUUGCAUUUGUGUGCUGCUUUUCAUGACUGUAAAAAAGACCUCGAAUUCUCUUCGUUUUUCUGUUUUUUGUUUUUGUUUUUUUUUUUCCAACCAGCUUCUAGUGAAACUAAAAAUACCCAGCAGAACAAAAAAAAAAAAAAAAUCCUCUUCUCUUCUGUUGCUUUUGCAUUUAUGCUUGAAACUAAAAGCAUCUAAACAGUUAAAAUAAAUUUUUAAAAGAUAAGAAAAGAAAGCUAUAAACAAGAAUUAAAAAAAAAAAGAAAAUUGGUUCAAGGAUGGAUUGAAAUUUGGGCUGUGUUUUGUUUAUUCAAGGCAAUUGGUAGCUAAAUAUAUAUAAAUAAUGUAUGUGUAUUUUUAUAUACAUAUUGUCUUCCCUCUGCACCACUUCAUUCUGUCCUCUGGAAUUAAUAUUAUACCUUAACUUUCUGCAUAACCUUCAUAAUAUACUCUGUCAGCUUUCCUUCCCUGAGAGGUGGAUGGCAGAUCACACCUCCAAGGACAGGGGCUGCUGAUGCUCAGGAAACUGGCAGAGACCAAAUCUCUCUGGUUACAUGGAAGCUGGUGCAACCACCCUCAGCUGCUAAUUGCAAUAAAUACUGCUUAUGUACAGCA